CUUUAUGGCCACUCUGCACUACAGAUGACAGAGUCGCCAUUUUGAAAAGCAAAUUGUUCAUAGCACACCCGCUCAGAGAACUGGAACUAUGCCGCGGGGCCGGCCUCGCAAACUGAGAGUUAAAAGCAGCGACGAAACAGAUGAUAAUGAAAAUAAAGUGGAUGGCUUCAGUGAUGGUGAAUUCAAGGACAAGAAAUGCACAAUAUGUUCACAGAUAUUUACGACAGAGAGCCAGCUGCAGAAGCAUCAUCGUGAGCAUGAGAUCAAUGACAAGCCUCAUCGAUGUGACCAUUGUCCACAGACGUUUAAUGUGGAGUUUAACCUUAGGCUCCACAAGUCCACACACACAACCUCUGACUUCACCUGUCCUGUUUGCAAUAAAAAGUUCACCCGCAUUGCCAGUCUCAAAUCCCAUACUAUGCUGCAUGAAAUGGAAGAGAAUCUGAUCUGUGCAGAAUGUGGAGAUGAGUUUGUACUUCAGAGCCAGCUCUCUCUUCACUUGGAGGAUCAUCGCAAAGAGUUGUCCGGUAUCAAAAUCUAUACCUGCAAAACCUGUGGGAAGGAGCUCAAGACAUCUGCAAACCUCAAGGAGCACAUGAGGAGUCACAUUAAGAUGAGGCCACUGUCUUCUAGCUCCAGAAACUACAAGAAAAAUAUAGAUCGCAGUGGUUUCACCAACAGCUGCCAUCACUGUGGAAAGGCGUUCAAAAAGCCCAGUCAGCUAGUCAGACACAUACGCAUACACACAGGUGAAAGGCCUUUUAAGUGUACACAAUGCAGCAAGGCUUUUAACCAGAAGGUGGUGCUGCAAACUCACAUGGUGAGACAUACUGGGGAAAAGCCUCAUCUCUGCAUGUUCUGCCCUGCUUCCUUCUCCCAAAAGGGGAACUUGCACUCCCAUGUUCAGAGAGUUCAUUCAGAGGCAAAAGGUGUGCCAUUGUUCCCCUGUAUGGACUGCAGCUGCGUAUUCAAGAAGUUGGGCAGUUUGAAUGCACACAUCGGCAAAAUGCACAUUUCUGUGAUUGAUGUGCCUUCCAGCACUUCGGAGACAGACACAGCAGCUCCUGGUUCAGAUGGUGGCGAAGGAGUAACAGAUGUCAUCCAGCAACUAUUAGAACUUUCUGAGCAAGUCAAUGGAGAGGCAGCCCUGCCCCAACCCCCAGAGCCAGCUGUAGCCAUUGAAAGUGCCAUUAAUCCAGACAUUUUACAGCAAGCUCUAGAGAACAGUGGACUAAGUGUAGCUCCAACUCAGGAUGUUGAUCCGAUUGCCAGAGAGCCUCAGAAUCAGACAUCUGAGGGGACUAAGGAAGAAGUAAAAAAAACACAGCUUCCAGACAAACCCAUCAGGGAGAGAAAAAGAAGCAUAUUCAAGAAACCAAUACAAAUGCCAGGCUCCAUCAGGGAGGAAAAUGGCAUCCGCUGGCAUGUAUGCCCUUACUGCUCCAAGGAAUUUAAGAAACCCAGUGACCUUGUUCGCCACAUUCGCAUUCAUACCCAUGAGAAGCCUUUCAAGUGCAAACAGUGCUUCCGAGCAUUUGCUGUCAACAGUACUCUUACAGCCCAUAUGAAAACUCACACAGGCAUCAAGGCAUUUAAGUGUCAAUGCUGUCUGAAGUGCUUCACUACAUCUGGCAGCAUGAAGGUACACAUGCGACUGCAUACAGGUGUUCGCCCUUUCUCAUGCCCACACUGUGAUCGGAUCUUCCGUACAUCGGGACAUCGGAAAACACAUAUUGCAUCUCACUUCAAAAGUUUACAACAAAAGAAGCAUAGGUUUCCAAGAAAAACAAACAAAUCAAAAGUUUCUAAGAGUAAUUUACCAUUACCUGAUAUCCCACUGCAGGAGCCUAUUCUCAUUACGGAUUUCGGCCUUAUCCCAUCUCAGAACCCUCGCCUAGCAUUCCAACAGUACCUGGAGGUGGUGGGCAGCGAUCGUCCAUAUAAGUGCCAGUUCUGCAAUAAGGCCUAUAAGAAAUCAAGUCAUCUUAAACAGCAUGUUAGAUCUCAUACAGGAGAAAGGCCAUACAAGUGUGUCCAGUGUAGUCGGGGUUUCGCCUCCUCAGGGGUUCUCAAAGCACACAUCAGGACCCAUUCAGGACUGAAGGCAUACAAGUGUGUCAUGUGCGAUACAACGUUCACGACCAGUGGUAGCCUACGUCGUCACAUGACGACCCAUAGUGACCUGCGACCUUACAUGUGCCCAUACUGCCAGAAGACCUUCAAGUCAUCUCCAAACUGUCGGAAACACAUGAAGACACACAGAUAUGAACUGGCUCAGCAAUUGCAGCCUCAGUCAUCAGACCAGCUUGAAGCUGGCACAGUGCCCCACAAUAUACAGGUAGAGAUGGAGGGAAACUCCCUUCAGCAACCACCUGCAACUUCAGGUGAGCAAGAAAAUAUGCUGGGACUUGGUCAAGGAGAGAAUGUAAGCGGAGGCCAGCCAGUGACGUUAGAAGCUCAGUUGGCAGAUGAACCACUGGUGCAAAGAGAAGAUUCCUAUGUGACUACCCAACACACUUUGCCACAGAAUAUCACCCAGUUUGAGACGCCAACACUCCCUCAGACCACAUUUGACCAACAAGCUUUAACACAAGGCUUUGCAAUGACAGAAUCGAGUUACAAUCAAAGCCAAUUCUCCACUGUCCAGCAGCUGCAGGACUCCAGCACAUUGGAGUCUCAGGCCCUUUCAUCCAGUUUUAACACCCCCAGUUUGCUUCAUGUUCCCAGUGCUGAAGUGACAAAUGGACUUCUCCAGCACAACAGUCAGGAAGAUUUACAACUGGACACUGAGCCGCAAGAAUACCAGGAGGACAGUGAAAACAACAGCAAGAGAGCAUACAGGUGCACUUGGUGUAACAAAGGUUUCAAAAAGUCAAGUCAUCUGAAACAGCAUUUGCGCUCCCACACUGGAGAGAAGCCAUUCAGAUGUCACCUGUGUGAAAGAGCUUUUGUAUCAGCUGGGGUGCUGAAAUCCCAUUUGAACACACAUACAGGAGUGAAACCCUUCAAGUGUAAUGUUUGUGACGCUUCUUUUACAACCAAUGGCAGCCUGAACCGCCACAUGAUUAUCCAUGUCAAGUCGUUCAAAUGCUCCAUGUGUGAUGAGAGCUUCAGGACAAGCCUGCUAAUUAAAAAGCACCUGAAAAAGGAUCACGCUAUAGAAGAUCAAAUUAUUGGUUUGGAAGAUCAAGAUGUAGGGGAGGAUGAAGACGAAGACGAUGAAGGGGGUCAUAAAUCAUCGAAGAGACGGGCAGUGGAAAUAAUCCCUUUCACCGAGGAGCAGGCAGCAGAACUGGCAAAGGAUCCCGGCGAGGAGGCCUCCGUGUCAGAGCGAAUCCUUUCCCAGUCUGCAGCAGAGAGGGAUCGCAUCAGUGAGAUCAAAGACAAGACGGAGGUGCUGGAAACAGAACCCAAGUUUCCGAACUGCUGCACUUUUUGCCCAAAGAGUUUCAAGAAACCCAGUGACCUUGUCAGGCACAUUCGAAUCCACACAGGAGAAAGACCAUACAAGUGUGAUGAAUGUGGGAAGAGUUUUACGGUGAAAUCUACUCUCGAUUGUCAUGUGAAGACACACACAGGUCAGAAACUUGUCAACUGCCACAUGUGCAACACUUCCUUCUCUACAAAAGGUAGCUUAAAGGUGCACAUGCGGCUCCACACUGGCUCCAAGCCUUUUAAAUGCCCCUUCUGUGAACUCCGCUUUCGUACUUCUGGGCAUCGCAAAACCCACAUACAGUGCCACUUGCGAGCUAAUGGCGAGAGCCGCAAGUCCAAACGGCCCUCCCCGACUUCUACCCAGGCCUGUCAAACUCGAGACACAGAGCAUGUUGGGGCCUCAGGACAAGACCAGCCGACACCAGUACCGGAAACACUUCAGUCUGUUGGGCUACUGCAAACUCCCAACUCCGAUAACAUCUUCCUACCAGCGAACCAAGUGUUGACAGGGCAGUUUGAUCAGAAUCUAUUACAGUCGGGGCUGGUGGGACAGGCGAUUCUGCCUGCCUCAAUGUCAGGAGAUGUUAAUGUGUCCCUCUCAGAUGGUCUGACCACACUUGAAGGGAUUCAACUCCAGUUAACUCCCGCCCCAUUGGUGUGCCCAAAUGUCCAAAUCUCUGGCAUUGAUACAAGCAACUUAAACAACAUAACUUUGCAGAUUGACCAUGCCCUUCUCCAACAGACGCUACAGCAUGGUGGCCUUCUCUCACAGCCUCUAAGUGUUGACACUGGUCUUGUCCUCCAGUCUGGCAAUCAGCUAAUGUCUAAUAGUGACCCAACUGUGUCUGCCAAUGUUGUCCUCCACCCCCUGACCAGCCUUGGCCUGCAACCGUCCACAAUCACACCUGCUCAGGUCACAAUGGCUGGUCUGUCUGAGCAGGACACUUCAGGCUCUCAGGACCUGACCCAUGUCUUGGGCACCACUGGGUUGGUGAAUGGAGGCACAGGCAAUCAGGAGAUUACGCUCACUAUAAACAAUUCCAGCCUAUCACAAGCUCUAGCGCAAGUACAAGCAACAGUUUCUGGUUCCAACACCUCGUCAGUAAACCAUCAAGAGAUCACGUUCACCAUAUCAGGUCAAGAUCUCCUUCCCCAGCAGAGUAGCAAUGCAGAAAUGAACAGUGGCCUCAGACUGGCAUCACCACUCACAGGCCAGCCCACCAAUGCCACUGUGUCUCUCACCAAUGACCACCUUCUACCUCAGAACCCCACCAACACUGGAAUGAAUAUUACAAGUCUUCAAUCAAGCACCUCGCUCUCUCAUCCCACUUCAUCUCAAAGCCUAGUAUUAUCACCAGGAAGUGUGGCCAAUGAUGGUAGUGUUACAUUGACCCUAGCAGAUGCUCAGGGUAUGUUGGAUGGUGUUGCUUUGAACCUUAAUGCACAGGGUCAGGCAUUCCCUGCAGUGCUCAAUGACUCCAAUCUGCAGCCAGGGCAACCUGCCAUUGCCAGCCAUCCUGUCAUACUAGUCAGCCAUCAUUCUCAGUCUCUGAUGGGAACAUCUGACAAUGGAUAUAAUACGGGAAAUGAUAGCCAAAAGGCUACAAAGGGUCACCCCACCGAGGCUGAUAAUCAGCACAAAUGUUUCUACUGUAAUCUCGUUUGCCCAAAUGCCAACUCCCUACGCCGGCACUGUAGGCAAGCUCAUAGUAAAGACCGAUGCCAUGUCUGCAGCAUCUGCAACAAAGCCUUUAAGCGUGCAAUGCACCUCAAGGAGCAUGAACGAGUGCACCAGCCAGGCCCAUCACCCAGCUCCCUCAAACCUAGAGUCUUUAGCUGCUCCUCAUGCGGGAAGGCCUUCCCUAAGCGCAGUCAACUGGAAAGACAUAACCGCACACACACAGGCGAGCGUCCCUUCAAGUGUCCUCAGUGCGAGAAAGCUUUCAACCAGAAGAGUUCUUUACAGGUUCAUAUGGUCAAACACACGGGAAAGAAGCCCUUCAAGUGUGAGAUGUGCAGCAUCCGAUUUACUCAAAAGAGCAACAUGAGACACCACAUGAAGAGAGCCCAUGGCUACGGUCAGAUUCAGGAUGUGACACUGCGCCAAGAAGAACCAGCUACUCAAGUUACUGCAACCCCUGAACUCGACCUGGGAGUGGUCCCUGAGUCAUCUGGAGAUUGGCACGUUUUCCCAUGAAUCAUAUCAGAUCAUACAAUUCCCAAACAAGUCAUGUACUAUAUAUUGUUAAGAGUUUGAUAACGAAACAGCUAACUUUUGCCACACAUCUUUUUGCCUUUAAAAUGAUUAUUUACUCUGGAGGGGGCACCCCCCCCCUCCAUCUGUAGACAUUAUUUUCUAAAAGGAAAAAAUGCUGCAACCAGAGCAUCAUUAGUGCAAAGGGUCAACAGAGGGUAUCAUGUUAUCGCGUUAGCAUAAAUAAUGAUUCAGUAUUUAUUAUAGGCAUUUUGGGGGUGAAAUGUUGUCUCUCACAGUAUUAUGAUAGUUCAUUAAUUAAACCUUCACAGAGGACCUUAGUCCUUGAGUUUUUUGUUGUUGUUGAUGUUGAGUAUGGGCAUUGAAGAGAGUUAUGAGAGCAGAUAGCUCUUUAAUGAGAAAAGAGUAAAGUGUAGCUAGAAAAGCCUUGCAGAGAAUGAGAGGUUCUAUUACGAGUCUGCUCGCUGGGUCGACUGCAGCCAAAUGGUACAGCUUUGCCUCACUCCUACCCCAACUGUCUCAAUCUGAAUUAUACUGAUAUAUUUAUAUAAUCGUAUUUAUAUUGCACAUGUAUAUUUUUUUCAUUUUGUGUAGCUCCUUUUGUAAAUACAAAAUUUGGUUGUUUAGUUCUUCUGCAGAAUGGUUGUCAGUUGAGCCUAUUACUGUGCUUAUUAUGAAGCAGAUGUAUUUUUUUCAGUUUUUUAUUGUCCGUACAAAAUGAGCAUUAAAGUAAUUUUUAUACUACCUGAAGCGGUCUCGUGUCCUUCUUUUUACAAAUUAUAUUUUUCCCCCUUAACAACAUUUCUAUAGAUCUGAGUCAGCCAUUCUAC